CCCACCAUGUGGGGGAUAAGAACCAAAUCUAGGGAAUGCAUCUCAAUACACAUAGGCCAGGCUGGCGUCCAGAUUGGCAACGCAUGCUGGGAACUCUUCUGCUUGGAGCAUGGCAUCGAGCCUGAUGGCAUUGUGAGGGACAAAGCAAAGCAACCAUGUCAGGACGACUCCUUCACCACCUUCUUCAGCGAGACUGCCAAUGGGAAACAUGUGCCGCGGGCCAUCAUGGUUGACCUGGAGCCCUCUGUCGUGGAUGAGGUCCGCAAUGGGGCAUAUCGCCAACUCUUCCACCCAGAACAGCUUAUCACAGGAAAAGAGGACGCGGCCAACAACUACGCCCGGGGUCACUACACCAUCGGCAAGGAGUGCAUCGAUCUGGUGCUGGAUCGUAUCCGGAAGCUGUGUGAUGCUUGCUCAGGUCUACAAGGAUUCCUCAUCUUCCACAGUUUUGGAGGAGGGACCGGCUCUGGCUUUACCUCCCUCCUAAUGGAACGGCUCUCUGUAGAUUAUGGGAAGAAAUCCAAACUUGAAUUUGCCAUCUACCCAGCUCCCCAAAUCUCAACUGCCGUGGUAGAGCCAUACAACUCCAUCCUUACCACCCACACCACGCUGGAGCACUCAGACUGUGCCUUCAUGGUGGACAAUGAGGCAAUUUUUGACAUCUGCCAACGCAACCUGGACAUAGAGCGCCCGACUUACGUUGACCUCAACCGCCUCAUUGGCCAGAUCGUUUCCUCCAUCACAGCCUCGCUGCGCUUUGCUGGCGCUCUGAAUGUGGAUCUGACAGAGUUCCAGACCAACCUGGUGCCCUACCCACGCAUUCAUUUCCCUCUGGUCACCUACGCACCCAUUAUCUCGACAGAGAAAGCGUAUCAUGAACAACUGACCGUAGCUGACAUCACCAACUCUUGCUUCGACCCGGCAAACCAGAUGGUGAAGUGUGACCCUCGUCAUGGCAAAUACAUGGCCUGCUGCAUGCUCUACAGAGGUGAUGUGGUACCCAAGGACGUCAACGUGGCCAUCGCCCACAUUAAAACUAAGAAAAAUAUUCAAUUUGUGGACUGGUGUCCUACAGGGUUCAAGGUUGGCAUCAAUUACCAGCCCCCCACCGUGGUGCCCGGGGGCAACCUGGCCCAAGUGCAGCGCGCCGUCUGCAUGCUCAGCAACACCACCGCCAUCGCUGAGGCCUGGGCACGCUUGGACCACAAGUUUGACCUCAUGUACGCCAAGCGGGCAUUUGUCCACUGGUAUGUAGGCGAGGGCAUGGAGGAGGGCGAGUUUUCCGAAGCUCGCGAGGAUCUGGCCGCUCUGGAGAAGGAUUAUGAGGAGGUCGGGAUGGACUCAUAUGAAGAGGAGAACGAUAUGGAAGUUUAUUGACA